CAUUGUAAAGUCAUGGGCUUCUUGGCGGGAAAAGUUAGAUGUCAUAACCUAGGGCUGAUGCGAAAGACUUCAACUUCUCCUUCAACUCCGUUUCUCCCUUCACCGGCCACCUCAAUAUUCCGGCCGAUUUCGUUUCUUCGACUACCCGCUAAUUCCGGCCUGUUACUUUACUGCUGAACCAAGGAUUUUGAGCACAUUGUAAGAAAUGGGUGAAGAGGGAAAUCCACAAACUCCGAGAAGAGCCACUAGAUCAUCAUUGUGUAGCACACCGAGUCCUAAAAUUUCGACAGACAAGUCAAAAUCAUGUAAUCAACAACCUUUAACAAUACGUUACCUUGCUUAUCGAGACGAAUCAUCAAUUAGUUUAGAUGACUUGAUUUCUAGUUUACCAGGCAGGAGCGCACAAAUUAUCGAAUUGUUGCGCCUUUUGGGCCCCUUGGAUUCUCCAAUGUUACCAUUGUUUGUAUAUGGGGGUGCUUCAACUGGGAAAACAAGUACAAUUCUUCAGAUAUUUAAGCACCUAAAGCGUCCGUUUGUUUACUGUAGUUGUAUAACAUGUUAUAGCCCAAGGAUACUAUUUGAAUCUGUGUUGAACCAGUUAUCGCUUCAUAGAAGGAAUGAAAGCAAUGGCUAUUCGAGUGCUAACCGCUGCGAAAAGCCCUCCGAUUUUGUAAAUCUUUUGCAGGGUGCUCUUCGUAGUGUGGUAGAUAGUUUGAAGGGGAGCAUGGCGAAAUCAACCUCAAAGAAGUCAGUUGGAUGGGCUAGAGGGAAGAUGGUUUACUUGGUGUUUGAUAACUUGGAGCUUGCUCGCGAAUGGGACAAGAGUUCCAAUAUAUUACCGCUUCUUUUUAAGCUCUAUGAUAUACUGAAAAUGCCUGAAGUGGGUUUGAUUUUUCUCAGUAAUGCCUCACCUGACACUUAUGUCUCGGACACUGGUUAUGUAGAACCUAUUCCUGUUUAUUUUCCUGAUUACACCGAGGAUGAACUUCGUCAAAUCUUAAUGAAAGACCAGGGAAGCCCAAAGCUAUAUUCCUCAUUUCUUGAUGUGGUGUUGAGGCCAUUUUGUCGAGUUACUAGACGAGUUGAUGAACUAUUGACUCCCUUCUCAUCAUUAUAUCAGAUAUAUUGUGAACCUCUGGAUGAUUUAGGCACUGUUCCAAAUGAAGAUAUGAAAAGAAAACUAUUUACUCAUCUUCAACCACAUAUUGGGCCAUCCCUGAAUGACACGUUCAAAGUUGGAAGCAGGCUGUCUUCUGAAGCCUUAGCUAAUAAGAACAAAUGGAAAGGCAUUGCCAAGAAAAAUGGAGUUUGUGAAUCUUCUGAUGAGAUAGACUUUCAUAUGUCUGCUUGUGCCAAAUACCUUCUCAUUUGUGCUUUCCUUGCUUCAAGAAACCCAGCUACCCUUGAUGCAUCGUUGUUCGAUUCAACUGGUGGUGCCAGUAACCGAAAACGAAAGAGAAAGAGCUCGGAGAAGUCGAUGGAGAAAAAAGAAACUGCAGAACAGGAAUUGCUCUUGAAGGGACCAGGAACGUUCCCCUUGGAAAGAUUAUUAGCCAUAUUUCAGUGUAUUGUAUCAGUUGAAGAAUGCUUACCUGAUGAAGAAGCACAAGAAGAUGGUGGAUUGGAAGGAGAGAGUUGGACUAACGGACUAUUGUCUGAUGUUCUUUUGGAAUUAUCAAGUCUGUGUAAUGCUAAUUUUAUCAGCAAAGGAGGAAGUUGCCCCUUGGAAGGCGCUAAUCGGUAUCGAUCUAUGGUUUCCGAAGAUAUGGCUCUUAAGGUCGCAAAGAGUCUAAAAUUUCCCCUGUCAAAGUAUUUAUACAGAGGAUGAUAUACAGGAUGUUCCAUUCGUGUAAUGAAGCCACUCAUGUUAAUAUGAUUUUGCAUGUCAAGCAAGAGCAAUAUGAUGCAGCCAACAAGGUGAUGUCACCUAACAAACCCUUGUGGCAGGGUGAAUGUACGACUAAGAUUCUAGUUAUGUCUAUCACGCUUUUUUGUAUACUGAGUGGCGAGAGGCUAAGUGGAAGUUGAUUGGGUGGACUCCAUGAAGGACAAUUAAAUAUUUUAAUCCAUCGAAAUAAUUGACUAACAUUGAACAUAUGACAAUAAGCAAGUGAUUAUUUGCUUUCUGUGAGUUUUCCUGUAUAAGAAUCUAGCUAGUCCAUUACUUUACCAGCAUUAAAUGAUUCGAGUUCGAUUCUCUUUGAAAUCUUUUUAUUUCCUAAACAUGAUCACUUACACCUG